ACACAAUCUCUCUCUCUCUCUCCCUCUCUCUCCCUCUCUCUCUCCACAGGCGUGGCUUUUGGCUUUCAUUGCUCUCUCGCUCUCUAAGCUAUCAAGCACCCAUCAAUGCCCAUGCUUGCUUUCUCUCCUCUUCAUUUGCUCUUUCACACUUUGACAGAGCAAACAGAACACGAAGAGUACUACUUGUCUUGCAAAUGUCUUACUUCUUUCUCAUACAAUCAUGCUUGUCUCCAGUGACCUCUCUCUCUCUCUCUCUCUCUCUCUGAAGCAGACAACAAAGAGAAAUAAUUGAUAUCGUUAAGAACCCACUGUUCUGCCAUUCUUUGUUUCCCUUCAAUCUCUAUCUACUUCUCCUUGUUGUACUUCUAUAUAAAAGGACAUGGAGAGGUGGGAUAAAUCGCUGCGAGAAGAUCGCAACCGACACCGGAGAGAGAACCCAUCUUUUUCUUCCACUCUUCUCGACUCGAUUUAUCGGUCCAUCGACGAAGGCCCCGGCGAAAAACGAGAAGAGAAACUCAUUCUAUACGGAGAAACCAUGAGAAAGAAACAGAGCCAUGGCCUAAAAGAACAAGAACAGGAAAUGGCGAGCUUUCGACAAGCACGCAUGAUCGAGAAGUGGAUGGACAAGAAAGCGAACGAAAAGGUCUCAGCACGCCGAAACUCCACGGCGGAUUUCGAAAGGAAAUCGCGAGAUGACCGCAGUUUUAUCCUGCAGAAUUCGAGUUCGAGCUCUUCGGAGUCGAGCUCCGGAGGCGGCUUCUCGUCGUCGGAGUCGGAGUCCGUUUAUGCGUCGAAAUCAAGGUCUUCAUGUUAUUCUAUGCAGAGGCCGAAGCCUAUUCGGACCAGUGUUUCCCAGAAGCCUCAACUGGAGAAGUUUGGUGGUGGUUCUGGCGAACGAAGUCAUUCUGCCUCGACACAAAAGCCAAAACACGAGAACGGUUUCGUGAAGACCAAAUCCAAGGCCUUGAAAAUCUACGGAGACUUGAAGAAGGUUAAGCAGCCGAUAUCACCGGGUGGACGCCUCGCUAGCUUUCUUAACUCUCUUUUCACUGCAGGAAAUGCAAAGAAGGCAAAGAUGUCGCCCUCAGUUGGAGGCAGGAACGUCGAUGAAACCAGUAAGGAGAGAAACUCCAAGUACUCCACCGCCACAACAUCAACAUGUUCUUCCGCGUCUUCGUUUUCGCGGUCUUGUCUGAGCAAAAGUACGCCUUCUUCGAGGGGAAAAUUCAGCAAUGGUACCGGAGCCGGGGUGAAAAGGUCGGUGAGGUUUGGCCCGAUCAGCGUGAUCGUGGACCAGGACUGUAGGCCGUGCGGGCAAAAAAUUCUGUCAGAGGACAAGCCGGGGCUCAUGACUGUGUCCACCAUAAGAACUGCGGGUGAUGCAGAGAUCAAAUGUUAUGUAAUGGGUGGCAAUUAUCGUGUUGAAGAAGUUGCUAAAGAUUUGUUCAAGAAUUAUAAAAAAGACAAGGAAGACUUGAAUAUGAGAGAUAUUCUUCAACAUGACAUUGAAGAUUCUGAAGUGGAUGAUGAUGAUGAUGAUGCAGCCAGUUAUUCAAGCUCUGAUCUGUUCGAACUGGAUAAUCUUUCGGCUAUUGGGAUCGAGAGGUACCGGGAAGAAUUGCCCGUUUAUGAAACUACACACUUCGAUACGAAUCGAGCCAUUGCUAGUGGCUUAAUUAUGUAAUUUUCCAAAGAACUUGGGGAAUUUUUCCUUUUUUUUUUUUUUUUUUAGGCUUUUGAAUCAAUGGUUUGGGGGUUUACUUGAGAAAAUAAUAUUUAUGAUCUUAUUGUGUCA